AUGAGACAAAUCCAGCCAAUCUACCCAAUAAAAUCUCUUGCUACAGAAUGUCAAUCUAUAGUUUCCUAUUCAUCCUGUGCAUUCAAGACAUCUCUCCCAGUUACAGACAACAAGGUAACCACUGGAUUUACUGGUGGGGUCUGUUCUAUUCUCUGAACAUCCUGGAUGUGUGAUUGUAGUGAUUUAUCAAGUGUGCUGCUUUUUUCAAUUACAAGGUAAAUUCAAUUUUCACCUCUUAGCAUUAUAGUCUUUUUUUUUUUUUCACCAAAAUGAUUGCACUUUAGUCACUCAGAUUUUAUCCAAGUGAUUCAAUAUAACUUUAAACUGAUCAGCUGAGCGUGGAGUUAUAUAGACAUAGUUAUUUUAUUGGGUUCAAUGUGUGGUUUUUUUUUUUUAUAAAUGUGAUAGUGUUACACUAUAUAGUCUUUACCUUUUUAAGGUACUGGAAUAUAUCUGCACCACCUGAAUAUUAAAUACAAAGUUGUAGGACUGAAAAGCUUUUAGAACACUGUUUUUCCAUUGAAGGCUGUUGCUAGCAUAACUGUAUGCUCAUUCACUGUAUGUGCCAGAUUGUAUUUGUAUGUUUGGACACUUAGGUAUUAGCCAUAUGAAUAGGCUCUUGUACAACCCCUGGCAAGUUUGUUUUUUAGGGACAGACCUACUAAGCGCUUGCAUAAAUGUUGGUUUUUUUAUUUGUUAAAAAUAACAGUUUUUUAAGGUGUUUUGAUUCCCAGCGGCUGUUUUAUUGAUUUUGUUUUUUCGUAUAUUUUUUUUUAUUAUUUAAAAAAACUUGUUUGUGCUUCUCUAAAUAGUUUUUAUUAGAAUGGAGUGAUAUAGCUGAAUGUUACAUUUACCAUGUCUUCUGCCUAGAAUGUAAUCAUUCCCAGCAUGCAUCUGAUCUAUUUUUCCUUUUUUACCUACAUAACACAGUAUGUGCAACAUCAUGGGUUAAAUGUGUUUAGUUGCUUUAAAAUUAAACUUAAAACAUAAAUGUAAAAAUUGUCAGAUAUAAAAUUGUGCAAAAAUCUCAGAUAUGGCAGUUUCUCUUUAUUGAUACAUUAUAGUAUUUAAAGCAUGUACAAAGUAUGUUAUAGAACUAUAACAAUGUUCCAUUUAAAAUUUAUAUUUGGUCUUGUGAUCCUAAUGAAAACCUUAUCCUUUCAGUUAUAAUCCUAGUUUUUCUACUGUUCUAAUAUGAUCAAUAUAUAACUCACUUUGUCAUUUUAUGAUGGUAUUUUGUGUCUUACAUUUUGAUUAGAUAUUCUUUAAAGGACCACUACAGUGCCAGGAAAACAAACUCCUUUCCUGCACUAUAGUGCCCUGAGGGUGCCCCCACCCUCAGGGUCCCACUCCCGCCGGGCUGAAGGGGGAAGAAGGGGGAUAAACACUCACCUUUCUCCAGUGCUGGGCUCCCUCGGUGCUGGGGACUCUCCUCCUCCUCCGCAUUCAGUCAGUCCAUAGGAAAGCAUUCUCAAUGCUUUCCUAUAGACAUUGGCGUCUUCUCACUGUGAAAAUCACAGUGAGAAGUGUGGAAGCGCCUCUAGCGACUGUCAAUGAGACAGCCACAGAGACUGGAUUAACCCUCAAGUAAACAUAGCAGUUUCCCUGAAACUGCUAUGUUUACAGCAGUAAGGGUUAAUCCUAGAUGGACCUGGCACCCAGACCACUUCAUUAAGCUGAAGUGGCCUGGGUGCCUAUAGUGGUCCUUUGAGCAAUGUAAUGACUCAAUCUUUGUGUUGUCAUUAUGUUGGCUUGGUUUUUGUUGUGCUGUUCCCUGGUUUUAUGUCAAACUAUUUAAAGGUUGUUUGAUAUAAACUAAAAAUGGUCAUGUUUUGAUUUGUUAAUUUUUGAAUUUCGGACACCUCAUUAUUCCCUGCAGGGUAUAAAUGAAGGAGGCAAUCACAUAGUUACAAAGCACCAAUUUAUGGAAUAUCUACAAAAAAAGUAAUUUUCCUACUUUUGCUCUUUUAGCUCUUUAGUAGAUAACUUCCUAUUUUGCUAACCUUGUCAAAACAAAUGGCUCAGUAACAAGUUACUGCUUUUGCUAUCUUUGCGGUGGUUCAAACCUUUUUUCACUUUUUUCUUGCUUGGUAAUGUUUUGAUUCAUUUUGAUUUGUUUACUUUCAAUUCAGACCCUUUUGAAUUGCAGAAUUUGGAUGAAUUCGGUCAAAAUUAAUUUAAUUCCAAAACAAAUUGCACAUGUGUAAUUUAAACCAAAGCUCUAGAAGGCAACUGCCAAGUUAACCACCACCAGGAGACCAACAUAUCACAUACCAACAGGAGGAGAAUCGGGUGGGGGGGGGAGGAGGAGGAGAAUCUGGGGGGGGGAGGAGGAGAAUCUGAGGGGAGGAGGAGAUGCUGGGGGGAGAAGAGGAGAGGAGGAGAUGCUGGGGGAAAGAAGAUAAUUAAUUUGGACAACUGUAUGAGUUGUUUUUUCUAAACUUAAACCUCAGUAUUCAGGUUUAUUUGCCGUGUUGGCACUUUGAGGAAAAAAAGUUGGCAUGCAUUGCGGUUUGGGCACUCGGGCUCAAAAAGGUUCACCAUCACUGUUCUAGGACCUGGUAAGUAUUGCUUUGUUUAUAGAAACAAAUUUAAAAAGUUGAAUUUUUUUCACCUUUUGUACUUUAUUUAUUUGGCAAGGAAGUCAAGUUUUAUCACACUAAUUUUUAAAAUUAACUUAUAAUAUAAUAAGCAAGAAAAAAAAAUAAUAGAAUGUAACCUGAAAAUAAAUCUUAUAUUAUAUUGGUUGUUUAUUUUUUUUUAUAGAUAGUACAGCUUCUGGAUACCAUAGAGAUGGAUAUUUUAAAAGCUGAGAUUGCCCGGAAGAGGAAGCAACUAGCAGAGAAAGACCUGUUUGUGGAAGGAAAAACAUAUUUUAAGCGCAGUGAACUUGCUGAAAAAGAAAAGGAAGACUAUUUUGAAAGAUGUGGCUUCACGGUGCAGAGCCAAGAUGAAGAAGAAGAGAAGGUGCCUACAUCAUCAAAUAAUCCAGGUCUGGAUUUGGAGCUGGUUGAAGAGAAGAUACCAGUGACUCUCUCAAACCAGGAGGUCAUUCGGAGGUUAAGAGAUAGAGGUGAGCCAAUCCGGCUCUUUGGAGAAACAGAUUAUGAUUCAUUUCACAGGUUGAGAAAAAUUGAGAUCCUUGCUCCGGAAAUAAACCAAGGUUUAAGAAACGAUUUGAAAGAUGCCAUGGAUGAGAUUGACCAACAAUAUUUAAUUGAACUUGGCCAGGAGACAAGAGAGAAGGAUACUCAGAACGAUUUGAAAGUCCAUGAAGAAAACACAACAAUUGAAGACCUUGUGGCUUUGGGAGAGUGUUUAGGAAAAGGGGAUGAUAUCAAAGACAUGGGCAUAAUAAACAAAGUUCUGAGAUUCCUUCUUGGUGUAUGGGCUAAAGAUCUAAAUUCAAGGGAUAACAGUGUGAAAUGUAGCAUUUCAGGGAAAGUGGCAAGUGCCACCCAUAAGCAAACUGAAUCCUAUCUAAAACCAUUGUUUCGGAAGCUGCGGAAAAAAACUCUGCCUGCUGACAUCAAAGAAUCGAUAACAGACAUUAUUAAAUUCAUGUUGCAAAGGGAAUACGUAAAGGCAAAUGAUGCCUAUCUGCAGAUGGCAAUAGGCAAUGCACCAUGGCCUAUGGGUGUUACAAUGGUGGGUAUUCAUGCCCGUACAGGCCGUGAAAAAAUCUCUUCCAGGCAUGUGGCGCAUGUGCUGAAUGAUGAAACUCAGCGGAAAUACAUUCAGGGACUGAAGAGAUUAAUGACU